UAAUCUACAAAAUAUAAAGCAGUUUAAUAAUAACGAGAUGUGAGAGUUAAAACUGUGCACAAAUAAUUUUAUGAUAAUUCAUUAGCCAUAUAUGUACAUAUAUUAAGCCAACAUACAUACAUACGCACAAUGCAACGCAAAUCAGCUGUGCGACGUGGAAGUUCUCCCAUUCCACAGCAAACAGGCAUCUCACUAAGUCCCUCAAGAAAGUCACCAAAUCAUCAAUUGCGAUAUGAAAGCUCACAAAACGACGAUAGUGAUGCCUGUGACAAUGCGGACAUACCACGACGUGAGUCGCUGCACAAACCUACAUGGCAGCAUAUCGUCCCUGGGCAACCGCUUCCGAAUUCAAACGACUCAAUCAACUCAAAUGCCAGAAGCAAAAGCUUAAGCAUCGCUUCAGACUCGGACGAAGAUGAGUGUCUGCGACGACCAAGUGUCGUUGUGCACCAUCACUAUUAUCAGGAGAAGGAAGUUCAGCAGCAGCUACAGCUGCCAACUAAGCCGCUACAGCAACUGCGACGAGCCAGCAUGCACAGUGGCGUUUGUUUUAAGUCCUCCAGCAGUGGUGGCAGCGCCAAAAUCACUCGCCAUCACACUAUCGCAUGUGCAGAUUUAAAAACGAACGCUAAUAAUAGCAUUCCCUUGCGACGCAAAGGCAGCCUGGCCCAUCAUACUCGGUCCUUUGGCACUGUAAUGCAGAAUGACUCGGCUGCGACUGGUGGCGUCAACGCAACAAUAGCGGCAUUUAAUCCACCACCGACAACCAUGGAUGGUGCUACAUUCUGUAGAAAUGCUGGCCGCGCUUUAAUGCGAAUGGUUUCACUGGAUACAACAAAGUCGAACGUCAAGAUGGCGUCACAUGCGAGCAGUGUCAAAUCUUACACUGACUGUGCCGAGGAGUUUGAUAUGCUGGGAAAG